GUCCAGCCCCUCUCUGGGACAAGACGAUUCUCUAACAGCAAGGGACGGCUUUCCAGAUUGUCCUAUCGCGUGUUGCAGCCUUGACAACUUUCGCAUAUUACAAUUAAGGAAGGGCAUAAGCAACUGUGGGGAACGCUUCGUUUCGCGUCUUGUUGCUACUUGUUUUAUUUUUUCGUCUACUUGCGUGUUUUUCCCGGACUGACUAAUUCCAGGGGUUUAAAUGUCCAUGACUUUUCCAGCGCGCUAAAAGAGUCUUGAUUGAGCUGUCAGGAUGCAUCUACGAACAGUCGCUGAAGUUAAAGUUGUGGAUGUGCAGAAGAGAAGAAACCCGUCCAAACACUAUGUGUACCUUAUCAAUGUCACUUACUCGGACUCUACUUCCCAUAUCAUCUACAGACGCUACAGCAAGUUCUUCGACCUGCAGAUGCGGAUACUUGAUAAAUUCCCGAUUGAUGGCGGCCAGAAAGACCCCAAAAAGAGGAUCAUUCCAUUUCUGCCUGGUAAGGUGUUGUUUCGGCGAAGCCACAUCAGAGACGUGGCCGUUCGACGCCUGAAGCACCUGGACAACUACUGCAAAGCCCUGUUGAAGCUCCCCUCCCACAUCUCCCAGAGUGAGGAGGUGCUUGGGUUCUUCGAAACCAACGCAGAGGACAUCAACCCUCCCAAAGAAGAUCUCGGAGGCUCCUGUAAACGUAAAGGUCUGGACGCGUCCGACCCCAUGCUGCUGGAGCAGUACGUGGUGGUGGCCGGCUACGAGAAGCAGGAGCCGGCCGAGAUCAGCCUGCAGGCCGGGGAGGUGGUGGACGUCAUCGAGAAGAGCGAGAGUGGUUGGUGGUUUGUGAGCACCGCAGAGGAGCAGGGCUGGGUCCCCGCCACGUAUCUGAACUCCCACAGCGGAACCCGAGACGACCUCGACCUAGGGGCCUCCAAGGCUGGGGAAGUUACUAAGCGACGCAAGUCUCACCUUAAGAGGCUGGACCGGCGCUGGACUUUGGGUGGUGUCAUCAGCAGGCAGCAAAGUCGAGAGGAGAGCUAUGUCACAGUACAGCCCUACACCAGCGAGGGCAAGGACGAGAUCGCCUUCGAGAAGGGAGUGAUCGUGGAGGUCAUCCAGAAGAACCUGGAGGGAUGGUGGUUUAUCAGGUACCAGGAUAAGGAAGGCUGGGCCCCGGCCUCCUACCUGAAAAAGGUGAAGGAAGACUUCACCUCUCAGCGCAAGAAGUCGACGGCGAGCCCCGUCGAGAUCAUCGGCAACAUCAUGGAGAUCAGCAACCUGCUGAACAACAAGAAGCCGCUGAGCGAGAAGGACAGCGUGCCGCCGCCCUCCCUCCCUGAGGAGAGCCCCAUGUUGGCGCGGAGGCAGAUCAGCCUGCCACUGCCCUGCACGGAGCCCAUGACAAAUGUGACAGGUGUCACCGCCACCACCGCAUGCCCCACCAUGCCACCCCCGCCGUUGCUGGAGGCUAAAAGCAAGGCGGAGCCGUCCUCGCCCCCUCAACCCGCCUCACCGGCCGUCGCGCGCGUCGCCCCUCAUCGGGUGGAGAUUGGAUCUCCAGUUCUGAGGCAAAAACCUCCUCCUCGAAGAGACACAACUCUGGGAUUUCAAUUGCCAUGCCCUCCAGAGCCCCCUACAGUCGAAGCCGAGUACUAUACCAUUGCGGAAUUCCAGUCAUGUAUAUCAGAUGGUAUAAGCUUCAAUGGGGGACAGAAAGCAGAGGUUAUUGAGAAGAACUCUGGUGGGUGGUGGUAUGUGCAGAUAGGAGAGCGUGAAGGCUGGGCGCCUUGCUCCUACAUCGACAAGCGCAAGAAGCCUAACCUGAACCGCCGCACCAGCACACUGACCCGGCCCAAAGUCCCGCCCCCGGCCCCGCCCGUUAAGAAGCAGGACUCUGUGGAGACCCCCGGCAGCCCUGGGUCGGAGGCCCCAGAGUCCCCGGUCUCGGCUGGACGGCCCGUCUACGAAGAGCCAGAAUACGACGUCCCCGCCAUCGGCGACCUGGACAUGGAGUCUGAGUUUGAGUUCCUGCGGGGCGGUGGGUCGCUGGUGGACUGUAAGAGCGAGGACCUGAACCAGUCGUCUUCCAAACCCAGUCCGGCGUCCUCGCCGCACAGCUCCUCGUCCAAGCUGGGCGAGUCUUUUGAGGACUGUAACGACGGCGACGGCGACGGAGAGUGCAUCUACGAGAACGAGGGCUUCAGGCCGUUCCGGAGAGAGACCCCGGAGAGACAGUGCAGCAGGGAGCCCGCAAAGAGCCCUCCGCCCGUCGUCGCCGUGGACACUGCCCGAUCGGCGUGCUCCAGCAAACCCCCGGGCAAGGCCCCCCCCACCGUGAACAAGCUAAAGAUCGACCUGAACAACAGCCUCUCAUUUUCAGCCAAAGCCGAGGAGUCACCCAGCAGCCCUAAAUCCCCUUCCUCCGGAUCCACCCCAGACCUCUCCCAGCAGUCCAGACCCCCGAGAGACCAGGAGGACCAGAGUAAGUCCGGUUCCUCCGGCAAGUGGGCCUGCAAACCAAAGCCGGUGGUGAGGCCUAAACCUCACCUCGCCAAGGCCUCCAGCGCCGACAAGAUGGACAUCAGCACCCUGAGGAGACAGCUGCGCCCCACGGGGCAGCUCAAGAAUGGCUGCAAGGCCUCCAAGGGAGAGGACUCCGAGACGGCGUCGGUCAUCUCCUCCGAGGACUCCUUCUCCUCCCAGAGCACCUCGGACCUCUCGUCCACCCACUCCAAGAGCAGCCGCGGGGGGGACUUCGAGCCGGAGGGCUGCUCCGCCAGCGGCAGCCGGUACCGCACCACCGACCCGUACGAGAAGGUCCAGGACACGGAGAUCAGCUUCCCGGCCGGGGCGGAGGUGGAGGUGGUGGAGAAGCAGGAGAGCGGCUGGUGGUACGUCCGCUUGGGCGACGCCGAGGGCUGGGCGCCCACCUACUACCUGGAGCCCGUCGGGGCGCAGGACGACGCGGCCGGCUCCGAGUCGGACGGCGGCCCGUCCACCAAGUCCCCGGGGAGCGUCAGCAAGUCCAACAGCCUGGAGAAGAACGAGCAGCGCGUGCAGGCACUCAACAACAUCAACCAGAGCCUCAAGCGCGCCACCCCCCCCAUCCCCAGCAAGCCCCCCGGCGGCUUCUCCAAGCCCGGCGGCUUCUUCAACGGCUUCUCUGCUUUCAAGCACCAGAGCGGCGGAGGCGGCACCAAGCAGCAGCAGGUGGUACGGCCUCAGUCCGUCUACAUCUCGGCGCCCAUGGCCCUUUUAACGGACGUGCCGGGCGGCGCCCACCUCUCGGGCAGCCCGCGACUGCGCCGCAACGAGUCCCUCAGCGCGGCCGACCCGCCGCGCUCCAGCCCGACGGUGAGGCGCCACGCCUCCUUCGGACCCGUGCCGACACACAGCGCCAGUUCCGUGGCAAAGACGACCAUGCCCGGCAGGAACCGAUCGGGCACGGGCAGCGCCGAGUCCCUGGGCCAGAAGAACGCGACGUCGUCCCCCUCCACCAUCCCCGUGUCCACGGUGAGACCCAAGCCCCACAUCAUCCACAACAACCUGCAGCGGGAGUUGUACCUCUCCAUCGCCGAUUACCACGGUGACGAGGAGACCAUGGGCUUCCCGGAGGGCACCAGUCUGGAGGUGUUGGAGCGGAACCCCAACGGGUGGUGGUACUGCAAGGUGCUGGACAGUGGGCGACCCCGGAAAGGGUGGGUGCCUUCCAAUUACCUCGAGAAAAAACACUAGUUUCCCCCCCCCCCCCCCCCCUUCUCACAGUGUGGAGAGAUGGCGACACAUCUGUACAUGCUUGUAAAAAAACGUUUACACAGAGACUUUAUUUUGUCAGUUAUAAAGAACUGAACAUCUGCCGAGAUUUGGAAACUUAACAGGUACAUCCUCUCAUCAGGCUUUAAGACCAAAUCAUGACAAGAAAUCAUGAUCAAGACUUCUUCAAAAAAAACAAGCAUUGGCUUUACUUUGCUCUUCUGCAGUUGUUACAUGCAACAUGAAAGACUGAAUGUAAAUUCAUGUGUUCAAUUUAUUAACAUUUUGGUUAAUAUUGUUUUAUAUUUUUACAUUUUCAAGCAUAUAAAGUUAUGCAUGUUUAAAAUGCUUUCAGUAUAUUGACAAUGCCAAAGGCUGGUAAGCUUUUCUACUUUUCGAUUGAUGAAGAAAACAACUAAAAACGAUGUUUGCGAACCCUCUGUCAUCAUCGUAUUGUUUUGUUGCAUGGCUUGUUUCUUCUUUUGAUAUUUUACCCAUUUCAUGCUCUUAAAGUAUUACUUUGUCUAAUAAGAAAAAAGUAUUGUCUUUCUUAUUUAAACAUGUACCACCAAAUCUCUGAUGCAAUCCAAAUAACCCCUCGUUAAUAAUUUCAUUUUUAUGGUGCGAUUCCAGCAAUUAAUGACAUUUUUAAACAGCUGACAAUAUUUAUGAACACUUUGUAAAAUAAACAAUAAAGAAAAAGGAUUUUAGUGGUAUGAACAACUACCUUGUGCCGGGAUAGGAGUCUCAUUAUUUUAUUUAGUCAUUUGAGGCCAAAUUGUAAAUUAAAAAAAUAAUGAAUCAAGCAUAAUCUCGAUUGCCUUUUCAGUUUCUGCUGGGCAGUAAAAUUGACUUCAGCUUUAAGUUACAGACGCUCAUUAUUGUUUUAUAAUAACUGUGUGAACGAUGAUAACCGUGCCAAAUUAAGUAAAUAAAUGCACUUCAAUGCACAUAA